GGCUGGUACCUUGAGCUUCACAAAACACUAGACACCAAUCCCCUCACAGAAAGUAUAUACUUUACAGUGGGCUUCUCAGUUUGGAUAAACAACUUUACAGUUAUUUCCCUAGCACAACCUCCAGUUCAUGCAUGUCUGACAAGGGCUCAAUGAAAUGCCCUGUGGCUCCUUCUGACCCCACAACCCUGGGGGCCAAGGUUGAUGACCUGCUAUUCAAAGUAGACCAGCUCCUAACCAGGAGCUCCGAGAGAGGCUGCCCGAUGUGUGAGACCUGUGUGCAGCACAGCACCCUGCAAAAGACUCUGACCAAUCAGCUGUCAGCUCAGACCAAACUCCUGGAUUCUCUGGAGAGGAAAGUCCAGGAGAUGAGAACAGCCCUGGAGGAGCUGGCAUGUGGUAUACUGUUAGAAGUCAAAUUUCAGCAUGAAGCUAAAUUACAAAACAAAGGAGAAAGAGAAAUGUCUACUCUACAACCAAAACUGGACGGAUCACAACAUCACAAGAAAACACAGAAUAUGAAUCGGGUUGAAAAUAAGAAUAUUACACUAAACCAGAAUGACAUUAAGACACAGAGUGUUGCUCCUCCUGCAACAAUGAUGACUCAGAAGUUGGUCACCACUCCAAGCAUUGCCUCAACAAAGACAGAAGUCCAAGACGACAGGAAAGUGUCAACACCAAAGACAACGGUUGUGACUUUGUCCAACACUGUCGCUCUGAAAACGAUCAAAACAGAAAAUGCAACUGUUCUGCAAAAUUAUAUUGUACCAAAGACAACUGGACUGAUUGCUCCUACAGCAACAACAAUGGCUCCGAACUAUUCUCCCAAGAUGACUUUGUCGGAAGUCACUACAGAUUCAACACCAAGCCAUAAACCUCCCAAGCCAAGUCUGGUUUCACCUGUAACUAUUGCGCAGAGUUUUGGAAAAUCAACAGUAAAUACCACAACAACAAAAAUGGCAAAGUUAUUAGAUACAUUUUUACCACUAAGCCAUAAGUCACCAAAAACGAUGGGAUUGACUGUUACCACAGCAACAAAGGAAGCCUCCUCCCUCAGACAAGAGCACAGCUGCCCCAAUUCUUUGCAAAAAAUACAGGUCACUGGAGGAAAGGCAGAUUUGACCCACAUGGUAACAGCACCACUGGCAAAGAGAGGGACUGAAGCAGUCGGAGCUGUAAACCACAUAGCAGGUGGAAUACAGAUUAAAAUAAGCCCAGCAGGAGACAAGAAACAGGCUCAGAUGAAAAGCAAUAACCCUCCUAAAACCUGUUUCAAAAUUAUAGAUGAUAUUCCACCUCAACCUGCCCCUUUCGCUCACCGGUUUGUUUCGUUGAAGUCCAGCCCUCCGCCCUGUGAUGUCUUCAGUAUCCACACCAGAGAGGUGCUGGGAGGUGGCCGCUUUGGCAAGGUGCACAAGUGUACCGAAAAUAAGACCGGGAUGAGACUCGCUGCUAAGAUCAUCUAUACACGAAAUGCCAGAGAAAGGGACAUGGCACUGAAUGAGGUCCAGGUGAUGAAUCAGCUCAGUCAUCCCAAUGUCCUCCAACUCUACGAAGCUUUUGAGGUCAAGAAUCAAGUUGUGCUGAUCCUGGAGUAUCUGGAGGGGGGUGAGCUGUUUGAAAGAAUCGUGGAUGAGAGCUGUCCCCUGACUGAGGUGGAUGCCAUGGUAUUUGUGAAACAGAUCUGUGAGGGUGUCCAGUACAUGCACCAGAUGUAUGUUCUUCAUCUGGACCUCAAGCCAGAGAACAUCCUUCUUGUUAAUCGCUCUAGCAGUCAGGUGAAGAUCAUUGACUUUGGACUUGCCAGGAGGUACAAACCACGAGAGAAGCUCAAAGUGUCAUUUGGAACACCUGAAUUUUUAGCCCCAGAGGUGGUGAACUUCGAUUUUGUCUCCUUCCCUACAGAUAUGUGGACGUUAGGAGUUGUCACAUACAUGCUCUUAAGUGGCCUCUCUCCAUUUCUGGGUGAUGAUGACAGCCAGACCCUCAACAAUGUUCUCAUGGGCAACUGGUACUUUGAUGAGGAUGCCUUUGAACAUGUCUCUGCUGAGGCUCGGGACUUUGUCACCAACCUGCUGAUCAGAGAGAGAAGUGGUCGUCUAAGUGCUGCCCAGUGUCUCAAACACCCUUGGCUCAACAACAUCUUUGAGAAGGCAAAGAGCGCAAAUAUUGUGCUCAAAUCACAGGUUUUCCUCAAGAAGUACAUGGCCAGGCGAUUGUGGAAGAAAAAUUACAUAGCCAUUGCUGCGGCCAUGAGGUUUAAGAAGACUGGAAGUUCAGGUUCCCUGACCUCGAUUGGAAUCUGAGAGUGUUCUAACUCACUAUAGAGAGGUCCUACCGACUGUGCUCACUAUGUGUGCUUUUUAAAUCUGCAGAUCAUGCCUUUGUAAUUGCCAUUCUGCAUUGCCACUUUUCAUAUCUAAGCACUAACUGGCUGCCAUUUUAAUCAUAAAAACUUAUUUGGUUAAACGUAGAGCUUAGAAUAUGUAAUGGACAAGCAAACUGUAACAUGCGAUUUAUAUUUAUAUUCAAAAUGAAAAUGUUUCUUGUACUUGCUUUGUGCACCAUAAUGUUAAACAGUGGUGGUGUUGUGGUGUACAAAUAAAGGUUUUCUCAAGGGUACAAUUUUUUAUUUUUUUCACUUUUGUCUUUGUCAGUUAUUCUGGCAGAAUAUUUCAUCCAAAACAGUGAUGGGAAGGAAUUAAAUGAUUGAUAAGAAAAAUUGUCUUGCAU